AUGAAGUCCGACUUAACGACACUUGCCUUGGCACUGCUGCCACUGGGCGUCAACAGCAACCCCACUGCACAAUACCCUUGGCUCACUCAUCGUGAUGACUCUCUCCCUAUUUACAGGAACUCUUCUUAUUGCGUCGAAGCUCGAGUGGAAGAUCUCGUCCAGCGCAUGACAUUGGAAGAAAAGGCCGGUCAGCUUUUCCAAACUCAGCUCUACCAAGGACCCAAUGGCACCCUUGACGAAGGCGAUGAGGCCGCACGCCGCAACAGCACCGACAAUAUGAUCGAUGACAAGCACAUGACUCACUUCAACCUCGUCGGAGAUAUUACCGACGCCAAGCAGGUUGCCGAGUUCGUCAACCUCGUUCAGCAGCGCGCUUUGGACACCCGCUUGGGUAUCCCUGUCACGCUGUCGACAGACCCAAGGCACCACUUCACUGAGAACAUUGGAACCGGCUUCCAAGCUGGCGUUUUCUCCCAAUGGCCUGAGACUCUUGGGCUCGCUGCUCUCCGAGACGCUGAGCUGGUGAAGAAGUUCGCCGAGAUCGCGCGAGAGGAGUACAUCGCCGUUGGCAUCAGGUCCGCGUUGCAUCCUCAGGUUGAUCUAGCCACUGAACCACGAUGGGCACGUCUCGGAAAUACCUGGGGUGAGAACGCAACUUUGACCAGCGAGCUCAUUGUUGCCUACAUUAAGGGCUUCCAGGGAGAGACUUUGGGACCUCACUCUGUUACGACAGUGACAAAGCACUUCCCUGGAGGCGGACCGAUGGAGAAUGGCGAAGACUCUCACUUCACCUACGGCAAGAACCAGACUUAUCCCGGCAACAAUCUUGAGUAUCAUCUCAUCCCAUUCAAAGCUGCGAUCGCCGCAGGCGCGAGACAGAUGAUGCCGUACUACUCCCGCCCAAUUGAAACUCAAUAUGACCCUGUCGGCUUCUCUUUCAACAAGCAGAUUGUUACAGAUCUUCUGAGACAACAACUUGGCUUCAAUGGAAUUGUGGUCACUGACUGGGGACUCAUCACUGAUACUGUGAUCCGCGGCCAAGACAUGCCAGCUCGUGCCUGGGGCGUCGAGAACACGACCGAGCUUGAGCGCGCAGCUCGUAUUCUCGACGCCGGCUGUGAUCAGUUUGGCGGCGAGCAGCGCCCUGAACUCAUCAUCCAGUUGGUAAAUGAGGGUAUCGUCGCCGAAGAGCGUCUCGACGUCUCCGUUCGUCGUCUGCUUCGCGAGAAAUUCAUCCUCGGCCUCUUCGACAACCCUUUUGUGGACCCCGAGGCCGCUUCGAGAGUAGUGGGCAAUGACUACUUUGCUCGCCUUGGCAAUGAAGCUCAGCGCAAGGCCUACACACUUCUCACCAACAACAACGACAUCUUGCCGCUCAAGGCCGUCAACGCAGAGACUAGGUUCUACAUCGAAGGUUUCAACGCCACAUUCAUCGAGGCUCGCAACCUGACCGUUGUUGACACGCCUGAAGAGGCCGACUAUGCGCUGAUCCGCGUCAACGCCCCCUACGAGCCUCGCAGUGGAGGAUUUGAAGCCAACUACCACGCCGGCUCCCUUGAGUUCAACGCCACGGAGAAAGCACGACAGGCUGCCAUCUACUCAGCGGUCCCCACCAUUGUGGAUGUCAUCCUGGAUCGGCCGGCGGCUAUUCCUGAAGUCGUCGAUGCUGCUUCGGCAGUCCUUGGAAGCUUCGGUAGUGGAACCGAAGCAUUCCUGGACGUCAUCUUCGGUAUUAGCUCUCCGGAAGGAAAGCUACCCUUCGACCUUCCGCGAUCUAUGGAGGCUGUUGAGGAGGCUUUCGAAGAUGUUCCUUAUGAUACGAAGGACCCUGUUUUCAGGUUUGGCCACGGGUUGAGAUAUGCUGAUAAGUGUGCUGCGUAA